UCACUGGAACCAUUGGUUAAGACCCUGAGGGACUUGGCUGGCUUGGAUACUUUCAUCCUUUGUUGUUACGAAGAAAGGACUGUGGGACAAAACCCAGAAGUAGAGAAAAGAUACUUUGAGCUUCUUCAGAGAGACUUUGAGUUGCAAAAGGUUCCCUUGGGUGAACAUGAUGAAGAAUAUCGGAGUGAAGACAUUCAUAUCUUUAUCAUGCAAAAGAAAAAAAUGAAUAUUUCAUCAUGAAAUCCUUGAUGGUGUUUUCUGACCUCUAAUUUACAGAAGAACUCUGAAGAAAAUUGGAAAUUAAAGAAUUUUUAAUAAAUUUUCUGCAGAACAUCUCUGAAGAAUCAGCAUAUUGUUU